GCUAUAGCAACAGCAACAUCAGUAGACAGUGUGUGGUGGCAAUCAAAGUUAAAUUGCUGUUAAAUUGAUAUGUGUUGUUGUUGUGGGCGAUCACCAUCAGCCGGUAGCAGUGGCAGUGGCUGCGGCUACGGCAGUGGCAGAAGCAGAAGCAACGGCAGCGCCACUCGAAUCAGCAACGCAUUCAACGUCAACGUAAUCCCUGCCACUUGACGAACAACGAGGAGGACUCAGACAUCGCAGCUUGUUUGACAAUGGAACGCCCGAUUAAAAACAAAAAAAAAAAAAAAAAAAAAAAAAAAAAAAUCUGAAAAAAAAAAGGAAAAUGCAAUGAAGGAAAAGAAAAUCCAUCGCGCUGAAGUACUCAAGUGUUGGCCAAGUCAUUUGUGCGUUCAUUGUGCAGGAAGCGGAUCCCCUGCAAGGCUGACUGUGCUGUGCAUGAGGAGCAGCCAGCGCCAGCUUAGUGCAGCGCUUGUCCUCAUAUAAUGUCUGCUAAUAUUUGAAGAGUGCGCCGCAUUAAUUGACAUGAAAGCCAAAAUGAGGGCGAACAAAAUAAAGAGAAAAAUGGAAAGGCAAGAGAGAAAAAAUGAAAAUAGAGGAGAGGAGGGGAGCAUAACGAGGAACUGCAGCCUGCCUAGACUUUGGCUUUUCGGCUGACUUCUAAUGAGCGGAGCUCACGACUGCUAGUUUGGUGAAUCAAUCGAUGCCGGACGCGAACAAAAUUCGGACCAUGGUGUCUCGGGCGCUGCGCGUGUGGGAGACCAAUUCGAAGCUGACAUUCCGUGAAGUGUACAGCGAUCAGGCGGAUAUACAGGUUCUCUUUGCACGGCGCGAUCAUGGCGAUGGAUACAAGUUCGAUGGACCCGGCCAGGUGCUGGCGCACGCGUUCUAUCCGGGCGUCGGGCGCGGCGGCGAUGCGCACUUCGAUGCCGAGGAGACCUGGGAGUUCGAUGGCAGCAGUGAUGACAGUCGUGGCACCAACUUUCUGAAUGUGGCGCUGCAUGAACUGGGCCACUCGCUGGGGCUGGGCCACUCCUCGGACUCGAAUGCGGUCAUGUUCCCCUGGUAUCAGAACAAUGAGGUCGAUGGCAAAUUGCCCGACGAUGAUCGCAUCGGUAUACAGGAGCUCUAUGGGGCCAAGGAGAAGGUCUGGGGUGCCUAUCGACCGGGAACCACGACGAGCACCACAACAACCACGACCACAAUGCGCUCGCUCACCUAUUAUCCGCAGCAGCGACCCAACUAUCCCAAUCGUUAUCCAACCUAUUAUCCCAACUAUUAUCCGCGAGGGGGAGAUCGUGAGCGUGAGCGUGAACGAGAGCGGGAACGAGAGCGGGAACGAGAGCGGGAGCGAGAACGAGAGCGGGUGCGUCAGCAAGAGCUAGAGCGCGAAUAUAAACGACAGCGCGAGGAGCGAGAACGAGAACGAGAACGAGAACGUGAACGACGUCUGGAACUAGAGCGAGAACGAGAAAGGCAGCGGAAUCGAGAAUUCGGAACGAGGACAUCAACCACAACGAGAGCACCAGUGACAACAAAGACGACGACAAGAACAGCACCCACCUAUCCCACUCACAGACCCUACAACUACCCCACAGUGCAUCGACACAAAAAGCCACAUAAACCACGCAAGCCUAAGCCGGACAACUGUAUGACCUCAUACGAUGCCAUAUCCAUGAUACGCCGAGAGUUGUUCAUCUUCAGAGGACAGUUCCUCUGGCGCAUUGGUGCCAAAGGCUUGUAUAAUGGCUAUCCGACGGAAACGCGUCGCCAUUGGUCCGCACUGCCCGAGGACUUUAACAAGGUGGAUGCCGUCUAUGAAAAUCAACAGCGUCAAAUUGUGUUCUUUAUUGGCCGGCAGUAUUACGUCUUCGAUUCGGUCACCCUGGCGCCGGGCUACCCACAGCCUUUGACCAGCCUGGGUCUGCCGCCCUCUCUCAGUCAUGUGGAUGCCGCCUUCGUAUGGGGCUACAAUAAUAGGACGUAUUUGACGAGUGGAACGCUCUAUUGGCGCAUUGACGACAGCACGGGCAAGGUGGAGCUGGACUAUCCCCGGGACAUGUCCUUCUGGGCGGGCGUGGGCUACAAUAUAGAUGCGGCCUUCCAGUAUACGAAUGGAAAGACCUACUUCUUCAAGAACUUGGGCUACUGGGAGUUCGACGACAAUCUCGUAAAGGUAGCGCACGCUCGCCCCAAGCUCUCCUCCCGCAAAUGGAUGCAGUGUGCGCGCAGCGUCAACGACGUGGACGAGGAGCUGCGCUGGACGGCUCCCCUAGUAUCCGGUUCCAAUGAGACCACGGACGGCAGCUCCGCCUCUAUUAGCAUAAGACAACGAGGGCAUAGUCUAACUGUCAUCCUUCUGCUGGCAUUCACAUACUUGGCCUGGCGUUGUUAAGAUCGUCACAGCAUUGAUCUAUGAGAAGAUCGGCCGUAUAAGUCUUAAGACAUCGACCUCGAGCAAUGGUCUAUCUUCAUACAUGCAUAACAUAUAUAUGUACAUAGAUAGAACUUGCAUGCAGACGUGUAUGCCCUCUAGUAGAUCAAUGCUGUGACGAUCUUAACUGUCUCAUUUGGCUAUCUAUAUACAGAG